AUUGGCAUCUUUCCGUUCCCACGCCGAUCAAAUUUUUCGGUUGGGCGCUCGGGUGGAAAACCGGUUGGCUUCAGACCGGAAGUGCUUGGAACGGUGCGGGCUUUGCGCCUUUCUCUAUGGCGGAAUGAAGUUUCUUCUCUAGACUUUACCCUCGGCUGCCUCUCCAUGGCGGGGGCGGCGGCGGUGCUUCGGAGCCUGGACGAGCCCGUUCCCCAGGACCUGCCGCCGGCCACGGGGUUACUGGUGGCCCCGGCUAAGGGAGCGUGGGCAACGGCCUGCCCAAGCGGCUUUCUGGUGUUGGCUGUACGGCCUGCAGGGACCAAGUUGCAGCCGAUACUCCUGUGCGCGGCGCUACUGGAGGCAGAAGCCUCGGCAGCGCUGGAACUGUGGCUGAGCCGGGCCUUCCUGAGGCGGCUGGGACUGGUGGCGGGCAGGACCGUGAGGGUUUGGCCCAUCCGGAGGCCGCCACUGCUCGGCUGGGUGUUGCUGGGCUCAUCCGCGGCGGGAACCGCAGGGCGGGCUCCUCGACCGUGGGCCGGCUCGAGCUCUAGCAUCCUCGUACGGCGCGGGGAGAUCCUGCCCGGCUCGGGGCUGCGCGUAUUGGAGAGCCGACCGGCUCUUCAGGGACUGCUGGGCUUUGGCACUCGCUUGGCUGUGACGGAAUGGCGAAGCUUGGUAGAGGGCCGGGACCGGAGGGACCUGCGGACGCCUUUGGUUUCCACGUGGGCGCGCGGCGGGGAGCGGCUGGUGGGGGCGCAGCGGGGCCACCCUGCGCUGUGGGGAGGAGACCCCGUGGCGGAUCAGUCUCUCUGGGUGACCCCCGGCUGCUUGCACAGCCUGGGCCUCUUCCAAGGAGAAUGGGUGGUCCUGCGGAGGCGCCAGGGAGACUUGCCGGAGUGCACGGCCCCCCGUUUGGCCUCUGUGCAAGUUCUCAGGCCCCGGUGGUAUUUCCCGCACGGAGAGAACGAUGACGGGCACCCCCAAGCCGCAAGUGCGGACGCCUUUCCAAACGAGAGCGCAUUGAUUCCUGCCAGUCUGGCUUUCAAUCUCUCCUGCGAUCCUUUGGAAGGGAACCUCCUGACGAUCCAGAGAUAUGGGGAAGCUGCUGGUGUGCAAGAGAUAAAAGGAAGUCGAUCUUUGCUAUCUGUGCCACCCAUUGCCAAGGAACUACACAUAGAAAUUGUGACUUCACCAACCUACAACACCAGAGGAAUCUAUGAUCAAAUUCUUUAUCAGCACUUUCAAACUCCCAGGCUUAUACAAGAGAAUGAUAUUCUUUGUCUCCCAACUGUUGGACAUCCUGAAUUCCUAGAAGAAAAUUCAACAAAGUUUAUCAGAUGGCCAGAGCUGUGCUUCAGGGUGAAAAGAAUAUUACCAGCAGAGAAAAUACAGCAAAGUAUAGGGUAUUUAGCUGAUACUCAGAAUACUUCUUUAUUCCUGGUAGGUUCUACAAACAGCGCUAUUCCAUCUUUUCCAUCUCAUAAUGGCUGUAGUUUUUGGAGCAGUUUGUCUCCUGCUGGGCUUUGCAGUGCAGUGAAACAGCUGUGUGACAUCCUUGGCCCUCAUUUACACAAUAGUGAAACCCUUCUAAAUGGAUCUGGAAGUAUUCUUCUUUCAGGACCCAGUGGUGUGGGGAAAAUUACAGCUGUUAGAGCUGCCUGUAGCCGUCUCAAUCUUCAUUUCUUCAAGGUGAAUUGUGUUGCUUUGUGUGGUGAUACAAGUGGAGCUACAGAAGUAAAACUACAUAAUGCCUUCUCAGAGGCUGAGCUUUAUAGUCCUUGUGUCCUGCUGAUGAAAGAUGUAGAGCUGCUGGGAAGAGAUCGUGAUGGAUUUGGGGAAGACUCCAGGGUCAUUCUUGCAUUAAGGCACCUUCUUUUGGAAAGAGAGAUAAAUACUAGUUAUCCUAUGCUGGUGGUAGGCACAACAAGUAAACUUGCAGAUGUCCCUUCAGAUGUGCAAACAGCAUUCCUUCAUGAGGUGAAAAUUGAAACACCAACUGAAGAGCAGAGGAAGGCCAUUCUUAGCAUGCUAACACAGAAUUUUCCACUGGGCAAAGAAGUAAGCCUGACCAAGCUAGCCCAGCAGAGUGCGGGCUUUGUUCUAGGAGAUUUCUGUGCUUUACUUUCCCACAGCAGCCGUGCUGCCUAUACAAGGAUGCAGAAUUCAAGCUUCCCAGGGGGACCAAAUGAAGAGGAAGAAUAUGAUUUUUAUGCUGCUGGUUUCCCUCUUCUAGCAGAAGAUUUCAGUGUUGCACUAGAUAAACUUCAUGAUGCUCAUUCACAGGCAGUAGGAGCCCCAAAGAUUCCCUCUGUCUUCUGGCAAGAUAUUGGAGGGCUUCAGAAUGUGAAAAAGGAAAUCCUGGACACCAUUCAGCUUCCAUUGGAACACCCAGAGUUAUUGUCUUUAGGCCUUCACCGCUCUGGCCUUCUGCUCUAUGGUCCUCCUGGAACAGGGAAGACGUUGCUAGCUAAAGCAGUAGCAACAGAGUGUACUAUGACUUUCCUCAGUGUAAAGGGCCCUGAACUUAUUAGCAUGUAUGUUGGGCAGAGUGAAGAAAAUGUCCGUGAAGUGUUUGCCAGAGCUAGGGCAGCUGCUCCCUGCAUUAUCUUUUUUGAUGAGCUUGAUUCAUUGGCUCCCAGUCGUGGACGAAGUGGCGAUUCACAGGGUGUGAUGGACAGAGUUGUAUCUCAGUUACUAGCAGAACUGGAUGGGCUUCACUCUUCUCAAGAUGUAUUUGUUAUUGGAGCUACAAACAGACCGGAUCUGCUGGAUUCAGCUUUACUAAGGCCAGGCAGAUUUGAUAAAUUGGUUUAUGUAGGGAUAAAUGAAGACCGAGAUUCUCAGCUUCAAGUAUUGAGUGCCAUCACCAGAAAGUUUAAACUGGACCCGACUGUGAAUCUCCUUAGUGUCCUAGACAGAUGCCCUGCACAGUUAACAGGAGCAGACUUGUAUGCACUCUGCUCAGAUGCCAUGAUGUUUGCUAUCAGAAGAAAAGUGGAAUGGAUAGAAGAAGGUCUGGAUACUGAAAGCUCAGAAUUCACUCUUACCAUGGAUGAUUUUAUACAAGCUGCAACAAGGUUACAACCUUCUGUUUCUGAAAUGGAGCUACUUAGAUAUAAAUUGAUCGAGCAGAAAUUUUCUGCUUGAUUUGAAACAAACAUGACCGAGAAAGAAAUAUCCAUAUAACCCCAGAAGUACAGAAUAAAAGCUGCCAUGAGAACAUUGUUCUUGUUAAAAGAAAUAGUGAUGACUCAGUUACAAUCUGGUGGAUUCAGAUGAGUUAGAACAGGGGUCUCCAACCUUGGCGACUUUAAGCCUGGCGGACUUAAAGUCCACCAGGCUUAAAGUCGCUAAGGUUAGAGACCCCUGAGUUAGAAAAAUGAGUUCAAGGCACAGACCUGACACUGAUGUUCAGAUGUGCAGGAUGUGCUGCAAAUUAAUCUUCAUACUUGGGACCAUGGCAUCUAUAAAAUGAUCAACAUCAGAUGGGAAAUCUUAGGCCGUCUAAUAACCUGAGCCUUUGGAUUAUGAGGGAAAUGACUGUAAGUAUUUAAAGAUAUUUAAAUAAAGGCUGUUUUGCUUUAUCUGGAAAACAAAAAUGCUGUCUAAUUCACUGAGACUCUAUCAUUUCUCAUAAAUGUGAAAUACAGUAUUUAUGUAUGUAUGUAUGUGUGUGUUUCUUUCUGGGUUUAAAAUUGAGAGAACCAGUAGUGGCCAAAUUUUAAGUAGUCUUGCUCUAGAGGGCAGCAACUGAUAAAAUAUGAUCGUAAUAAGUUUCUGCUGCUGGUUUUACAUGCUGACUUCUCUCCGAAGUAGUUUUGAGAAUUUUCUAACCUUUGGAAACCUCUAGAAAAUCAGGGCAAGUAAUUCGGAAUUCAGGCAACCUUCCGUAUGUUAAAAUUAAAACUUCAAUCUAAAAUUACUACUACUACCGCUUUCAUGUCAUGGAUUUUGGGACUGAGCUCUGGGCAGAGUAGUAGUCUUAUUGUCAUCAUAGGCUCUAUCUGCCCAUUUUUUUCAUCCUAUUCUAUCUUUAUACCAGCCACCAUCUGAAGAGUCGUGGGUAUCCAUAUAACAUUCUGCCAUCCUGGACGGUACUACCUCUCGUCGGCCCUAUCUCCUAUUUAUGCACUUUAUGCGAUAUUCAGCCUUGGAACUCUUGCGCCUGCGAGGUGCCCCCGCCUCGCAGGAAUAGCCCGCUUCUUUACCUAGGGCCGGCCUCAAUGA